UCCAUGUAAAAUUUUAAAUGACAUCAUUCUUUAGCAGAAGAUAACCGGUUCUCUACGCUUAAUGAAAGUUGUGGCCUGCUGGAUGAAAUCGGAAAUUUUCAAGACAGACAUUGGCAUGUUCGCUACACCUUAAUGUUUGCAUCUUAACAGCGAGUGCUCUUUAUGUCCAGUGGAUAUUUGUUCUAUGAAUCAGGAAGACCCAACUCAUUUGUGGGUAUGAUUAACGAUAUCUUAAUUGUUCACUGUCAAAAAAUUGCAAAUACUAUUUCCAAGUUUCCGUUUAUUUUCAAGAGGGUUUGAUACUAAUCGAACCCUCGAGUCAAAUGUACCUCAAAGUAUUGCUGUCUAUGGUUUUGAUAUGCAUCGCAGCGUCUUGUGACGUCGUUAUGGAUAAGUUCGGAUGGUUACCUAGAUACCAAAUAAGUAACGGAGCGUUCCUGACUUUGUACGGUACAGGUUGGACAGGAUGUUGGGAGGCCUGUCUUCACAGGAAAAUGUGUCUGAGUGUAAGUUACAACACCGAUACACUCAAAUGUUCUUUAGGAAAGUUUGCAGACAACAAAACGUACACAGGACAUGCAAGUGAUGUCUUUAUGACGCCGGACUGGAAUGGCAAUCCCCCGGAGGGCCAAGGACCGUGCAAAUCUCGUCCGUGCACAUUGACUAAACGUUGUGUCCCCUUAUGGAAUGGAAAUCACACUUGCAUCACCGAAAUGAAGUCAGUUGACCUGUGUGUGCUGUUAGAUGUCUCCGGGACUACGAGUGCAUCCAAGUUCCAGAACAUGGUCGACAGUCUUCUUGAGGUCAUAGGUCAGCUACAUGACGUCAGACUAGCUGUGACGUACUUUGGUAACAAUAACCCUGAGGUAAAAUUCGGUUUUGAUCAAACAUUGAUGAACAAGACCAGAUAAGUGCACUACAGGGCCUGACCUUCGACCUAAAAAUAGGCAACAAGCUCAAAGAAGGUUUACAGCUGGUUCGUGACGACAUUUUCAGCGGCUCAGCGGGGGACCGGCGUAACGUAAUGAAUGUCCUUCUCAUUAUGUUAUACCCUAACGAUGUCUGGGAUAAUAACCUGGAAGCGACAGCAAUCGGGGCAAAGGACGCUGGCAUUCAUAUCAUCGUCAUAGGUAUAGGUACAUGCUCAAACCAUGGACAUAGUAUAUUAGAAAGAGUCGGAUCCGAACCGUUGGCUGAAAACAUACUGCUAGCACCGUCGUUUGAGGACCUGCUGAAUAUGGAAACCGAAAUAGCUGAUGCAAUCAAGCGAAGCAUUUAAUAAUAUUCUUGUUACAUUUCCUUAUUUAAAGCAUAAUUGAUUUGACCCUUUUGGGAAAAUGAUAUGUUAGAUAUGGAAACUGAUAUUACAGAUGCAAUCAAGCAUAGCAUUUUAUAUAAAAAAAACAACUCUAAAGCAAUGAAAAUGUAUUACUUGUUACAUUUUUCCUGCUUUGCAACUUAGAGAUGGGUUGUGUGUGCAAACAUCUAAAAUGCUUUCAUUUUUAUUUGGUAAUUGUUUUGAUAUUUAAAGUGUGUCCCUGAUGUUGAACAUGUUUAGUAUUCAUAAAUUCUGAAUCAACACUGAAAGUCGGAUGACUGUUGACAAUACAUGUUUGCGUCAUUGACUAAAUGCUUGUUGGUUGCAGUGGAUGUAUCAAAAGCUUUUUUUAUAGCUUUCUAAAUCUGCGGAUAACGUAGAAAAUGGAUUUUCAAUAUUCUGUUUCAUUUAUUAUCAUGAGAACACGUUUAAUGUUCAACGACUAAAAUUCUAACGUCUUUGGAAAGUGGUAUAACUACUAGUGAAUACAACUAUUAACUUAACUGCCAUACCAUGGUAUAAAGACAGUUAUAAAGGACACAGGCUAGCAGGCAAACAUCAUAUUACGCUAAAGCGAAACAUUUCAUGUGUCAUGCGUACAUUUCCGACAUUUUGUGCUGUUUCACAAAGAUUAAGUAAUUUGUCACCGAAGUCGUGAUAAUUAAGAAACAAAUAAUUCUGAAAGUAAACUGUCGACGUCUCUUUGACUUCAAUAAUGAAGUCAUCACCGGCACGCUGUGGAUGACAUUUACAGUCUUGUAAGUAAAACUUUAUUCUAGUUUAUAUAUUACUUUUUGUACGUAGCAUCUUCAUGUUGAUAUAGAUACAUUUGUUUUGAUGUC